GCCAUUUGACAUAUGUCACUCAUUGGUGAUAUUUUCGCCUAACCUAAUUUAGUCCAUAUUUAGGACGAGAUCUUGAUGAAUUCGAAUUGAAAUUAAUUAAGAUAGAAUAGGUUUAUAUUGAAAAUUAAAUUAUGUGUAUACUAUUUAAAUUUCUUUUUUAAAAUUUCGUGUGAUAAAAAUCAUACACUUAUUAUAUUUUCUCUGAUCUAUAAGUACUAAGGCUACCCAUUGAUUAAACAAUGAAUAAAUUUACCAAUAUAUGCGCUAUAAUUUUAAAACAGAAUAACAUAAAUAAAUUUCAUACUUCAACAUCUUCAUUAGCAUGGACGAAAUCAAAUGUUCCAAAGAGAUUUUUAGAAUAUAAUAAAAAAAUUUAUCCUCCACAAGAAAAUGGGGAAGAGCCCAGGCCUGCAUUUGUGUGUCAUCAGAAAACAAAUAUCAAAUACAGUCCAGAGAAAAUGUGGUACAUAGCUUGUUUUGUUCGGGGAAUGACAGUUGAUGAAGCAGUUAAGCAAUUAAGUUUUGUUAACAAAAAGGGUGCAAUUUUUGCCAAAGAAGCUAUUCUUGAAGCACAAGAACUUGCAGUAAGAGAGCAUCAUGUAGAAUUUAGAAGUAAUUUGUGGAUAGCGGAGUCAUUUGCUGGAAAGGGUCCAGUAAUAAAAGGAUUAAGAAGACAUGCCAGAGGCAGACUGGGUGAAGUCCGCUAUCAGUAUUGUCAUUAUUUUGUAAGAUUAGAGGAGGGUAAACCACCUCAAGAUUAUUACAAACUAAAUCCAUUAACACCACAACAACAACUUGAUAAGUGGCUUGAACAAAUGAGAAAACGAAAAAUCAUAAAUUCUUAUUAAACUAUAAAUUUAUUGUUAAAAUAUAAAACUUAGCAUCAAA